AUGGCGCCUCGUACCGCGGAAGAACUGCAGGCGUUCGGAGUCAUGGACCCUGCCAUGGUCGCCGAACUAUCCCGCGCCCCAGUGCGCGACCCCCAGCCCAGCGACCCGUACUACGGUGACAACAGCCACGCAGCGCUCCGCGCCCACCGGGCCACCACCCUCCGUGAGAAGCACCACCUGCGGUACAUACCCGGGCCGAUCCCGGACGCGGUCCACGAGGAUGACCGUAAGAUCCGCGUGCGCGACGGCGCCGAGAUCAUGGUGCGGGUCUACCGCCCGGUGAAGGCGCCCGAGGCGGGCAGCCCGCUGGUGGUCAUGUACCACGAGGGCGGGUGGUCCAUGGGCGAUCUGAGCGACGAGGAGACGAACUGUAAGGCUCUUCUCGAAGUAAAGGUGAGGAAGUGGGAAGGCAUUGUAUUGACAAUGUUGGGACUACGCAGAUUAGCCCCUGAGUACCGCUUCCCUACGUGGAUCAACGACAGCUGGGACGCUUUGAAAUGGGCCGCCAAAAACGCCACCUCCCUCGGCGCCGACCCGACGCAGGGCUUCCUAGUAGGCGGCGGCUCCGCCGGCGGCAACAUCGCCGCCCUGCUCGCGCACCUCGCGCGCGACGAGCAGCUCUCCCCGCCCCUAACGGGCCAAUAUCUCUGCGUACCCGCCAUAACCUGCUUCACGCCCCCAGCCUCUAUCCCCGAGCGCUACCGCGCCGAGUACCUGUCCCACCCGUCCGUGACGCCCAACACAGACCCCGUGCUUAAGAGCGGGGAGGACUUCGAGGCUCUGUUGACGCACGUGCUGGGCGGGAGUCUCGAUGAUCCGCUCAUGGUGCCGUUCCUGUACGGCGAGCGCGACGGCAGACAUCACGAGCUGCCGCCGGUUUAUUUGCAGGUUUGUGGGCUGGAUCCGCUGAGGGAUGAGGGCUUGGUCUAUGAGAGGGUGCUUAGGGAGGAGGCGGGGGUGAGGACAAGGUUGGAUCUGUAUCCUGGGUUUGGGCAUUACUUCUGGACGAACUACCCGGAGUUGACGCGGAGUCGCGAAUUUGUGGAGGAUACUGUUAAGGGGAUUAGAUGGCUUUUGGAGCAGAAGGCUUGA